UGAGGCGGCUGACCCGGAAGUUGACUUCAGUUGUUUUCUCCCAGCAACAACACUGGACGGUUAGCUUGUUAGCUGUCAUUUAGCGGCGCUCAGAGACCAGUUUCUGCCACAGAUUUCUCCACACAUACACAGAAUGGCUGAAGUGGAAGAAACUCUGAAGAGGAUCCAGAGUCAGAAAGGAGUGCAGGGAAUCAUCAUCGUCAAUUCAGAGGGAAUCCCCGUCAAGACGACGCUGGACAACUCCAGCACGGUGCAGUAUGCAGGACUGAUCCACCAGCUGGUGAUGAAGGCCAGGAGCACCGUACGAGACAUCGACCCCCAGAAUGACCUCACCUUCCUGCGGGUCCGCUCCAAGAAGAACGAGAUAAUGAUCGCUCCAGAUAAGGAUUAUUUCUUGAUCGUCAUUCAGAACCCCUCAGACUGAAAUGGAGGGAACUGCUGCACGACCCAUUACUCUCUCUGUCUGUCUUUCAUUUAUAAAUGGCCAAACAUUUUUUUUGUCUUGCUGAAUCAAAAAAACCUGUUUACCAGUAGCUUUUUAUGCGCUUGCUGUACGAAGAAGUAAAGGCAGGAUCUGAAGGUGGAUGAGAAUCUUGGCUCAGUACCGAGGUGUGUGAGCCGUACGAUAGUCAAACACCCAGCUGGCAAAUUUCCUUUCCCUCAUUUUAGCAUUCCAGUUCUGUCUCUUCUCCAACCAUAAUGUAUGUUAUGUCACUGUGUUGAUCACAUAUGUAUUUUAGCACAUGGUGAAGUACACACCUGCUAAAAUACAUAUGGGAGGAGUAGGAAACGUAAAGCUGGCCAGUGUAUGUGCACAGCACAGAGGAGAGAGAGGCCACAACACAUCUUUAGCUCUGACGAUGUUUUUUUUUUUUUUCCAGUUCAAACUUAAUGAAAAUCUUGGGACUGUUAUUUAUUAUUUUGUUGGCAAAAGAUGUUGAAGUGCAGUAUUUCAGAGGCGAGCAGUGAACUACACUACAAACACUUCUCUGCUCUUAGCAUGUCAACUUCCUGUUGGUUAUUUGUAACAAAUGAAGAAAUUAAAAAAGUCUGAAUGA